GGCCUUAUAUAAUACACACACACACACAGCUGUUGACUUACCUAAAAUAAGGAAACAGCCCAAAAACAGAGGGCCAUAUGGAGAAAGCAACUAAUAAAAAUCACAACUUUCACUUUGUUCUGGUUCAUGGGGCCGGCCAGGGCGGCUGGUGCUGGUUCAAGCUCCUCCACCUCCUCCGCUCCGCCGGCCACCGCGCCACGGCGCUGGACCUGGCCGCCGCCGGCGCCGACCCCACAAAGCUGGAGGACGUCACCUCCAUCCACCGCCACUCUCAACCAUUGAUGGACUUCUUCAAAGCUCUCCCUCCACAGGACAAAGUGGUUCUUGUCGGCCAUAGCUUUGGCGGCCUCAUAAUCUCUCUGGCCAUGGAGAGAUUCCCCAAUCAAAUUCUUGUCGCUGUUUUUGUCACAGCUUAUAUGCCCCACUUCAUCUCUCCUCCAGCCACCCUCGUACUCAAAUUUUUCAAGAGCCUUUCUGUGGAGACUGUGUUGGAUUGCCAGUUCAUAUUCGGAGAUAACCCAGAAAUUCCAAAUUCUGUUGUGUAUGGCCCCAACUUUUUGAGUGAAAAGUUGUACAAGGACUGCUCCAUGGAGGAUUUGGAGUUGGCCAAAUUGAUGGUGAGGCCAUUCAACAUGUUUUUUGAGGACUUGACCAAGGAAUCCCUUCUAACGGAGGCAAAAUUCGGGUCGGUGGAUCGGGUUUUUGUGGUGUGCGAAGGAGAUGAAGUUAUGGAGAGCAAAUUCCAGAGGCUGAUGAUACAAGAGUUUCCACCAAAAGCUGUGAAAUGCAUCAAUGGAGGUGGCCAUAUGGUGAUGCUCUCAAAACCCACACAACUUCUCCAUCAUUUGGUUGAAGUUGCUGAGAGUAGUUUGAAUACACAAAAUCAAUGUGGCCAUCAAGAGUUCAGCAGCUUUGAAAAACUAGCUGCACUCAAUUAAUGGGCUCAUCCCCACAUAUAUUCCCCCCAGAGCUGGUCAAUGACUUUGUCAGAAAUAUUUAAUAACUUUAUGUCAUCAAAUCAUUUGGCUUGUUUUAUA